AUGUCGUCGUUCUCUUUCAGCAAGGACAAUCUUCCCAAGCAACUGAUCAUCAACAACGAAUAUGUCUCCUCACGAAGUGGCAAGACGCUCACGGUCUACAACCCAAAGAAUGGAGAGUUGGUAGCAGACGAUGUGCCUUUGGCAGGGGAGAAAGAUGUGGAUGAAGCUGUAGCUGCAGCGGAAAAGGCCUUUCCUGCUUGGAAAGCCACACCACCUAGCAAGAGGAGGGACAUGUUGAACAAGUUGGCGGACCUGAUCGACGAGCAUGGCAAAGCGUUGGGUGAGCUGACGAGGAUAACACUCGGGGCGCCUUGGGGCAGUUUUGGCUUGUUCGAGAUCAGCCUCUGUGCCGAGACACUGCGCUACAACGCCGGAUGGACUGACAAGUUUGCCGGCGAGUCGUACCCUCAAGAAGACGGCUUUAUCAAGAUCGUCCGCAACGAACCCCUGGGUGUCACAGCCGGCAUUAUUCCCUGGAAUGGCCCAAUUGGUAACGUGGGGCUCAAGGCUGGACCUGCAUUAGCGACUGGCAACUGCUUCAUUCUGAAGCCAUCCGAAAAGACACCUUUCGCCGCACUGGCACUCUUGCCCUUGAUCAAAGAGGCCGGGUUUCCGCCUGGUGUGUUCCAGGUGCUAUCAGGAGAUGGUUCGACAGGAGCGCUGCUUGCGAGUCACAUGAGAGUCCGGAAGGUCUCAUUCACCGGCUCAAUACCAACAGGCAAGAAGAUACAAGAGAUGGCUUCCAAGUCGAAUCUCAAGCGAGUGACACUGGAACUGGGAGGUAAAUCUCCUGCAGUAGUUUUUGACGACUGUAAUCUCGAAAAUGCUGUGACCUGGACCGUCAACGCCAUUACGGGCCAUUCCGGGCAAGUCUGCUUCGCCGCUUCGCGAGUGUAUGUCCAAGAAGGCAUAUACGACAAGUUCAUUGAGAAGUACAAGACUCAGUUCGUCGAAAGGACGAAGGCCUUGGGCGACCCCGACUCAGAGUCAACUUUGCUUGGUCCUCUCGUCGACGAAGCCCAGUUCAAACGAGUCACCGGAUUCAUUGAGAGAGGCAAAGAGCAAGGCUCGGGCACUCUCUUGACCGGUGGUGCACGAAUAGGAAACAGCGGCUACUUCGUCGAGCCAACGAUCUUCACCAAGGUCAAGGAAGACUCUGAGAUACACAAAGACGAAAUCUUUGGUCCCGUGUCAGUCGUCAGAACAUUUCAAACUGAGGAAGAGGUCCUGGAGAUGAGCAACAACAGCGAAUAUGGCCUCAUGGCUGGCGUGUUCACUCAGGAUAUCAACAAGGCCAUGCGCGUGGCGAGCGCCUUUGACUCUGGAAUGGUCGGCGUAAAUUGCAUCAGCUUGAUGAUGACGCAGGCACCAUUCGGAGGCUCAAAGCAGAGUGGUGUUGGAAGGGAGAGUGGUAUUCAUGCACUGAGAGCAUUCACCGAUCCCAAAACGAUCAUGGUCAACAUGACAUACUAG